AUGGCGCAAUCAUAUCAUCAGUCCCAGGCAGCCCUGGCCGGCUUCCUCGACUCAAUGCAGCAGGACACUGGCAUGUCCGCUUACAACAUAUUCGGCCCCUCGCAAUAUCCCGAGAGCGUCGCGUUCUGGCAUGACCCUUCCGCGCCGCCGCCGCCCAUGGCCCUUCCCGCUCCGUCAUACCCGCCCAAGCAACAGACCCUACUCCAGCCCAUCCCGGACCAGAAGAAACACAAGCGCACCCGUAGUGGUUGCUUUACCUGUCGUUCACGUCGCAUCAAAUGCGACGAGGGUCGUCCGAUUUGCGAGCGCUGCCGGAAGGGUGGUCGGGACUGCGUUUAUCCGUCGCCAACCGCGCAGUCAGCUAAGAGCUCCCGCUCGUCGGCCAAAUCACGUAGCGCUCGCCCUCAGUCGCAGGGUAGUGACUCAUCUGGUAAAGUGGACACCGAGGGAAUCAGCCCGCUUGAACCUAUUAUCGAUGAAGAGGAGCCCGAGGGUACGGAUGUGGGAUCGGGACUAUCGCCAACGAGUGGCAGUGGUACUAGCCAGUUACGACAUGAUCUACACCGCACGCAAAGCGGCCAGUCACUGCGGAAACGCAGCAUCAAACAGCCGUCGGAGGCGGGAUCGUUCCAUCUGGAACCGAGUAGCUCUCCCUCGACCGAGUCAUCGCGGUUCGAGUCGGUGAGUGUACGGUCGGCGAGUAUCAGCCAGUCUACGUUAGACUUGCUCAAUAAUAGUCGACUGUCAGAUGAUUUGCGGUUCUAUCUGGACUUUCAUCAACAGUUCAUCUCGCAUGAACAUUUCUUUUUGAGACAGAGCAGCGCUCGUUUCAUCCAUCACAGCAUUAUCGAACUUGCCCUGGGCUAUGAUCCUUUGCUGUAUGCUUUGGUGGGAUUUGCAGCAUAUCAUCAUACUUUGCAGAGUGGAGGGAAACUCUAUGCAUUUUUGAAGUAUUAUAACAAGGCUUUGGUGCUCUUGCGGAAGUCUUUGGAAUCGGGCGAGGAACACAGUGAAGCAACGUUGUGCACAGUUCUUGUUUUGACGACGUUUGAGGAGUAUAUUGGGGAUUGGGUGAAUCUCAUCGAUCACCAUCAAGCGGCGCAUGCCUUGAUGCGAGAACUCUUAACACCCGAAUCCUCAAAUUUGAUCGAACUCCAUACCAACAUCUUCCUCUGGUACGCACGAUUCGAUGUGGUGGCCGGCAUUCUGGCCGGCACCGAGGCUAUCCUUGGCCGUGACUGGUACAUGGCAAAGGAGCAAUACGACGCCAAUCAAGCAGCCCUGUACCCCGAAGAUCCAAGCAAACAACUUGCUCUUGUCGCCUCCAUCAACCGACGCUUCGGGCUGGAUAUGGCCUCGCUAUAUGCCAAACUCUCGCGGGGCAUGAUCCCAAUGGACCAGUUCGCCCAACAAAAUGAACAACUCGGUCAAACAAUGGAACGUGCCAAGAAUAUCCUGAAACAAUUCGAUGAUUCUGAAGACACCGUACGCUCGUAUCCAAAUCAACAGCCCCUGACGGAUGACGAUAUCGUGGACCCUUACGUACCGGGCUGCAUAUUACAAGGACCCCUCUGGGAUGCAAACUAUGCGAGGAUCGAUCUUCUUUCCACCGAGUUGAUGUUUAAAUAUCAAACCAUGCUUUCUUUGAAGCAACCGCUCUUGCCGGAUCUGCAACGGUUGGCCUUUGAACAAUGUCAGUUGAUGGAGACGAUAUCACGCUGGCCAGAUAGGGGUAAUGGAUAUUGCAUCGGCUUCAAGAACAGUAUCGGUCUCUCCAGUAUGUUUUUGCCCAAGGAUUUGAAGCAUCAGAUGUGGUCGAGGCGCAAGCUGGCCUUGAUGGAGCAGAAGGGGUACAUCAUUGCCCCUCGAUUCCGUGCCGCCAUCGCCGCUAUCUGGCAACUGCCUGAAAUCCAGCACUGGUGGCUUCCUAAUGACGAAGGUUACUCGGACAUUAUCCGCGAGGUCCGAGGCAUGUCUGAAGAGCGUAUGAACCAACCUCUUGAUGAUUUCCGGGAGAAUGUUCGGGAUAUGAAGUCGCUCUUCUGGAAGCUCAGUGUGGAUGGUCAAGAUGAGGAGGGAAGUCCUUCGAGUAGCCAUGCCAGCUAUACCUGA